AUGGAAGGCGAGAUAUCAAUACCAAAAGCAACAAUUUCCGCCUUCAAGCGUCUAGGUAUAUCAGAUGCCACAAAGAGCCAUAGCCAAGGAUCUCUGCUCCACAACAAUGGCAGCAGUAGCAACAACAAUUCGCCCAAGGAUGGCUUUCUCGAAGCUGACAUGAGUGAUUCAGUGUUUGACUAUCCACUUCGAAAGCAAUGCUCCACAUCCGUGCUGCAAUCAUCCACGCAUACUUUGGGAGCAUCUGCAUCGCACCCCAACCUCAUUGUGAAGGACGAUCUUCACCUCCUCCAUCGUACGCCAACCCCUCCAUUCUCUCCCUCGCCACCCUCCUCAAUUACUGCUGGUCAAGAUAUCACCGACAAUGGAUCAGAAGACAAGUUCCUCACACUGGAUCCCUUGGAUUUAGCCAAUUUCAGAAAAUGGAUUGUUGGAUUUUGUAUAGUGAAUUUUGAUUUAGAGAUCGGCCAAGCUUUGGAUUAUGCGUAUCCUCCAAUAGAUUUGACGAUUACAGAACAAAAGAACAUAUGCUUUACUGCAUUUCCAGAUUCAAACGUGUUUGAAGUGGGAGAUCAAAUAUUCAAUAUACGUGUCAGAGCCAGCACAUCUAAAUUUGCCGCAUCAGGUCCAACUGCAGAUGCUGGAUUCUUGUACGGUUAUGUGUUCUUUAGACAGAAAAAGGAUCCUACUAUUAGACGGGGGUAUUUCCAGAAAUCAUUGGUCUUGCUCUCACAGCACCCAUUCGUUGGACUCUUCUCUCGGGUCGUAUCGAUUCUAGGUCCUGCUUAUUUCGAUACAGGACAACCCAUGUUGGAAGCAGCGUGUAUGAACAUAGCACAAUGGAAAGCACCCCGUGAUGGAAAAGUCAUCGAUUUACCAUUUCUCGGUCGGUUAUUACAAGUAGAACUACCAACACCGUUUAAACCUCAAUUAUUGGAAACAACGCCUUUUGAUAUGAACAAACUAAAGCCAGACGUGCAGAUCAUGGCAUCACUGCCAGUGGGAGGUUUAUAUCAUCAUUUCAGAGACAUUUUGAAGGAUUUAUGGUUGUUGUGGGAAUUGAUGUUGUUGGCAGAACCAAUUGUAGUCAUUGCUCCUGAUCCAGGUGUGUGUAGUGAGGCAGUCGUUUCCUUGGUGGAUAUUAUCAACCCUAUACCUUACUGUGGUGAUUACAGGCCUUAUUUCACCAUCCAAGAUUCUGACUUCAAGAGUUUUGUUACCAAAAACAAGCCAUUAUCCAGUUUGGUGCUAGGUGUAACUAAUCCAUUUUUCAAUACCGCUGUCCAACAUUGGCCCAAUAUUGUCAGAGUAGGAAGGCAACAACUGAGAAAGCCUGACGGUACGCUGAUUCCUAGUCAUAUGCAGCAUAUGCAUUCUGGAAAAUCCAAGCCUGGACUUGGUAAUAAAUCAAAUGUUUUGUUCAAUUUUGUACAGGGAGUGACAUCCAAACGAAAAUCAGUGAUAUCAAGAGACCGAGAACUAGUCAAGAUGCUCACAGAAGCAUCCGUCAGAGGAUAUCCUCCUGACUGGGUUCUGAAUAAUAUUCUGCGAAGACAUUUUGUAGAUCUAACAGAAAAAUUCCUCGUGCCCUUGAACCGAUAUUUUAGCACAUUGAUACCAGUCAACAUAUCCGCUGCUGGCGAAGCACCCAGAUUAAGACCCUUCCAGACCGACCAAUUCAUGAAAUCCCUGAAAGAACAUGGCCCACAAUUACCCUUCAAAUCCACCUUUAAAACUCGAACAUCUACAACAGACCCCACCAAGGAACUAUACUCGCAAUUCCUGAAAUGUGGUAACUUUGCAACCUGGCUACAGCAACGCACAACCAGAGCCGAAGUCGAAAUGAACAAAAAGAGAAUUUUGUAG